AAAUAUUUGCAAUGUUGAUCUGACAUUCCCCUUAGCGCUAUCAGCGGCAGGGAAAAGUGAAGAACUUAUUGGAUUCUUCACUGAAAAUUUCACCUUGAAGCAGUGCGGUUGAAUGUGUUUUAGUGAGAUAAUUGAUUGGAAAAUGAUAGCUUUGAAUUGCCUGUUUUACAACAAAGAAAAAGUGGCCAAAAUAUGUUUUGAAGUGGAGUAGAUAUUGAAGCGGUUUUUUGGUUCGGCGUGAAAUUUCGUUAGGGAAUUCAACGAGAAAUUAGGAAAAGAAUGGGAAAAUCCGAAUAUUUUUCCGACCCAGUGAAAAAGGAAAACUUGUGCAGUGCUAUCAGUACGUUGUCGAUGUCUUGUAACGGGGCUAAGCCGUCCCAUUCGCCGCAGGCUAGACGUAGUCCACCGGCUAUCCCGGAGGAUAUGGAGGUGUUUGAUAACCAAGUGGCUGGACACUCAUGGUCUCCAAACACUAUAGGGAUGCUCAAACACGAGAACACCAUUUUGAAGCCGAUCAAUACACGUAAGUCGGCAUGCGGGGAACGCGAGAUCCAUUUCUAUGAAACGGUUGGGAAUUCCGAAGACAGAGAUCUAGUCGAUCUCAAGGAACUGAUACCGAAGUACCACGGUACCAGGGAGGUCAUGACCAACGGGGAACCGGUGAAAUGCAUAGUCCUGGAGGACCUGACGGCAGAUUUCGACGAACCCUGUAUCAUGGACAUCAAGAUCGGCAGGAGGACGUGGGACCCUGAGGCCAGCUACGAAAAAAUAGCCAAGGAAGAGUCUAAAUUCACGGAGUGCAAAAGGGAGCUGGGCUUCUGCAUACCCGGCUUUCAGGUGCACAAAAUCAGCAACAACGAAUUGGUCAAGUUCAACAAGGACUACGGGAAGAAUCUCAACAAGGAAACCAUAUCAGAAGCGCUAAAAAUCUUCCUCAACGGCGAGACAAGAUUUUGUCGAAGCCUCUUGAUGCAAAUUCUAGCGCCAUUGUGGCGGAUACAGAAAUGGGCAAGGACACAGAGACGUUUUCAGCUCUACUCCUCAUCCAUUCUGAUCGCCUACGACUCAAAAAGACUGAAAGAAUGCCUUAAACACAGUUCAGACGAUGCGCUAAAGCCGGCGCUGAAGCUGACAAGGUCCCACAGCCUGUACAGGCCCCUGAGUUUAGCAGUGCUCAACAAUUUCACCGACAAGAUCCCUACAGGAUUCAGCGGACAACUGACCAAAGAAGGGCCCAUCUUGACACCUACCUCACGUAAAAGGAACUGCUUCGACAUCCUACCGUUCCGUAGAAAGAGCAACAAUGUGUGGCAGCAAUCCUUCCACAAUCUCAAACGAACACAUUCCUUUCAAAACAACUACGAUAAAGACGUCCAAAAUCGUAAGCAAUCUUACACCGACAUUCUGGAAGACCUGAGCUGUGAACACAAGUCCGAACUGUGGGUAACGGUAAAGAUGAUCGACUUUGCACACGUUUAUCCUGCCAAAAAUUGUGAUCUGGAUAGAAAUUAUCUGCAGGGUAUCGAGAAUCUGGUUAAAGUAUUAGAGGAAUUUUUAGUUGACAGUGAAUAAAAGUAUUAAUGGCUGUGUGUGUGCAUAUUUUUUUGAAAUUAUUUUCGCUACUUUUUUGGAAUGUAACUUUUUCGUAAUAAAACUUAAUGUUCAAGGA